AUGUACAUUCCUUGUCAAUGUUGUCCUGGACUGAUCUUAUCUCGUAAGGAAGGCUAUGUUGAAAGUUAUGGGAUCAUCCUUCGAAUUCUUGCUCUUUCUUCCAAGAUUAUUUAUGCCACUCCGUCUAAGGGCACUGAUGAAGAAGUUGAUGAAGAAAAUGGUGAGGAUGAUUAUGAAGAAGGCACUGGUAAUAAAGAAUGGGCUGAUGACGAAGAAGAAAUUGAUAAAGAUGAAGAAGAAUCUGCCACUAAAAAGGGAGAAGACUUUGCUCAGGGAAUGAACUCUCUUCCACUAAUGAACAAUCACAUUCAAUUUUCAUCUACUUCUUCAUGCACUCCCUCUAUAGAUAUUAAUGUACAAUAUAGUGCAACUCCUCUUUUUAUGGAAAUUACUAGACGAAUUAUCCAAGAUGAGUCAGCAUGUCCUUCUCCUUAA